AUGGAUCCCAACGCCUCCGAUCACCACCACCACCACCAGCACCACCAUGACAACAGCCGUCGCCCACCCUCCGGAUCACCCUCCCACAUCACCCUCCCCGGCUCGCCCCUCAUGCUCGGCCUCAGCGGCCUAACCUCCGACUACUCCCCACGGCAGCGCGCACGACGGCCCAGCAUCAGCAGUCCACACCACCACCACCACCAAGCGGCACCGAGAGGACCAUCGAUCUCGCCUUCCCUCCGCGGGAGAUCGCCCCGACUCCGCUCCGCGCCGGCGGCUCCCUCCCCGCUCCUGGCGGGCGGCAGCGGCGCCGCACAGCACCUCGGCUCUCCGCGGCUGCUGGGUUCCCCACUCCUAGCGGUCCCCGAGAGCGGAGCCGCAUCCCAGCAGGAGGACGCACGGCUGGUGGCGCAGGAGGUCAGUCUGGGAAGACCGGCGAUUGCGGACGAGAAUGGGGAUGAUGAUGAUAAUCUCAACGGAGAUGAGGAAGAAAACGAAGAAGAAGGAGAAGCCGCCCUCGAUUUCCGCGCCGAACUCGCCGCCGCCUCCUCCUCCUCCCCUUCCCACUUCGGACGCCGGCCGGGCAGCAUCCGCGAGAUGUUCCCCGUCGCCGCCAGCGUCGCCGAAACCCAUCCUCACCCGCACCCUCAUCAUCGUCAUCCACACUCUCCGCGCCGCCAGACGUCCUUGCAGCUCUCCUCCUCGAUGCUCACCGCCGUCGACGCGGCGGGCGGUUGGCUCAUGACGGAUUUCGGGCAGGGGCGGAAAUCCGCCGACGGGAGCGUGGCGUGGUCGGAGGACUGGCGCAGGUUGGGAUUCCUGGCCCUCGGGGCGUGGGUCUGUGUGCUGGUGGGGAUCGGAGUGAUCUGUGGGGUUGAGGAUUGGAGGAGGAGUAGGAGGUGA